UGCCAAGGUCGACAUUUCUGUCAUACGAGAUGUAGCCGAUAGCUAGGACCGAGAAUCAUCAAAGCAUGGCCAGAAGGACAAGGUCAAGAAGAGAGCCAGCGAGAUGUAGGGCUUCAGGCGUGGCCUAAAGCGGGCGGCACGGCAGGACGGAAGGAGCCACGCGGGCAACCAUCGGACGCGUCUACGGGCUGGCUCGAGCGACUCGAGUUGCUCUCUCGUGUCUUUCUCCGCCUUCCGCCUCCAGUCAUGCCCGCUUGCGAGUCGAGAUGCAAGUCAGACUCGCAACUUUGGCUCAGGGUCACCCAUCCGCCUGCUCGAGGCGCAUUCCAGGCGAAUAGCCCAGCUCCACUCUUCCUUCCCUACCAUACCAUGGCCAUCUCGACAUCACCUCUUCUCGCCUCUCCCACUCGUCGUCAUGACGAUCGUCGUGGCUCCUCAUAUCCCGCCUAAGAGGUCGACGUCUCUGGAGCAUCACUUCUCCGCGGUCAACAAGGCGAUCCGCCGUCACGCCUCCUCAUCAUCAUGCCCUCCUCCCACUCCUCGCUCGCCCCUCGACCCCUCCUCCGAAGACGACAUCAAUGACGAGGGACGCCAAAUCAUCUCGACUGCUAAGCGCCCCUACCGCGAUGGCUCUCCUCGCCACUCCAUCCUCAAGCCAAUCGACCUCUACACCGGCGCAGGCGCUGACGCCGCCGCCGCCGCCGCCAUCGAGCCAGUCACUCACCGCAAGCUACGAGAUGAGACCAAACCUCGCCACCCAUUCGGCCCGCCUGUGCCAGCGCCUCGCCGCCUCGUAGCGAGCUCGUGGUCCACAAAGAGGCCCAGCAGCGAUGCGCCGGCGCCGGCUCCUCCUUCAUCUUCACGCCACGAGCGCAGCCCCAACGGCGAGAGCCCACCAAAGCGUCCCCGUAGACCCUCUGCUAAUCUUCAGCACCUACUGCGCGAGGCUGCCCGCGAGGCCGCCCGCGAGGACAUCACUCAGUCCCAGCUUCUCUUCGGAAUGGACAUCGACGUCGACAAUCUCGCUGUCCUCCCUCCCCCUCAGAUCAUCAUCACUCCCGCCGAGACCACUACUCCCGACGCCGGGCUCCUCGCCACCCUCUCCAUCAACGACACGCACCACGCACACGACGCACACGACGCACACACAGAUCCUGCCCUCAUGCACGCCAUCGCAGAGCGCAAAAAGGUCGACGCCCGUCUACGCACCUGGUUCUACAGCGAAGUCGAAGGCCUCGUCGGCCAGCUCGUCACCCGCAUCAAGGGCGAAGGCGGCAGAGCAGGCAACUACGCUCAAAUGGAGCGCAACACCAAGACGGUCGUCCUCGCAAUGGAGCGUAUGCUAGGUCUCGACCCUCAUCACAGCCCAGACGCAAGCAACGUCGACUUCCUCGGCGAUGGGCGGCACACCUUCAUGGGAUCGAGACGUCAGUCGUGGUGGGCGUCGAGCCUGCGCGGCACCAAGCUGCUCGGCGAUGACGAGGAUGGCUCGCAUUCAGCUCGUCUCCAGCUCCUAGAGCGCCGCGCCCUCAUCACCAAGUUCCUUGACGAAGUCUUCAUCCAUCUCGACUUGGCUCCAGUCCCUCUUUCACUCCCGGAAGCCCUAGGCGUCGUAUGCUCCAAGCUCCUCUCCCGUCCCGACCUCGAGCGAGUCCUCGUCGAGUCCAAGCCAGGCAUGACCUUCGCCGACCGCCUCCGCAAAUACCAACGCGGCCCACGCAAGCCCUCAACGUGGCGACACGAAGGCACGAUGCGCGCAUCCCGUCUGCGUCGAGUAGCGAGCGUCGAGUACGGGGGUGCGUCCACGCGAGACGACGCUUCACCACAAGACGAGCCACAGCCGGCACGCACAUUCCGCGAGAUGCUCCUCGCGCGUUUCGAUGAUCUACUGCAGCGGGGGCAUCGCAUCAAGGAGCAGUCGCAUCACCUCCAAGUCCCGCUCAAUCCGCGCAACACGCUACGAUGGAAGGCAUACCUCGAGCGGGAGAGCCAGAACCUCGAUAUCAAGAUGGCUCGCAUCAAGAGUCGAGCUGCGCGACUGGGCAACGACGCGGAGAAGACGCUCGCUGUCAACGGCAGACUCGAGGAGACGUUCGCCUCUCUACAUUGCGUGCGCUUCCUCGGCGAGCUCUACAGGCAGGGCAUCGUCGACCUCGCUGUCAUCGAGCAAUGGCUGCACCGCCUCCUUUUCGACACGGCGUACCCUGGCAUCCCUUCGCUGUGGGAGCUUGAGUCGGGGUGUGUGCUCCUCAUUACCAUCCUACCCAAGCUCCACGAGUAUCAACGUCAGGACGGGCGCGUUAUCACUAUGCAGCGAUCCUUUUCAGCUCCCUACACGCGGGUCGACACGAGCGGCGGGCGCGGUCGCGGUCAUGGCGAUGGCGAUACUACCAUGGCGUGCGACCGGCCCACGCCACGUCAAGAUGCAGCUACGGCCGACCAUUGGAUCAGCACUACCCCGCGUUCUGCCCGUCUCUCUGCGCUCAGCAAGCACAGCCCUGUGCGCAAGACGGAAUGCCUCCCCCUCGACUUGACGCGGGCGAGCGCCUCAGCGAACAUCGUCGCCGCCUCCCUCCUACACAGCUGUCUCUGCCGUCUACGAGAGCUGCAAGCCCAUCCCGAGAUCCACAUAGAGUCCAAGGCCUGGAUAGCAGAGGUGUGCCGCCUCAGCGAGGGGACGCCCUUCGUGCCGCGCAACCCACCAAAGGCCUCACCUCCCAAGCAGCAACGCCCUGCUCCUACCCUUUCUUCAUCGUCUGCCCGCCCCUCGUUCCUCUUCUUCAGCAGCAGCAGCGGCAGCAGCAGCGGCGGCGAUGACAAUGACGACGACGACGACCUUCUAGCAAGCGCGUCCCCGCCUUCGUCGCGCCACCGUCUCAAGAUCGAGCGCGAGCAACGCAAGGAGAUGGAGAGGGAGCUGGCUCAGCUCGAGCGCAAGGCACAGAAGGCUGCAAAGGCGAAGGCGAGACGGGUCAAGAAGAAGAAUACGCAGGGGAGUGGCGGCAGCGACGGAGGCGCAGCUGGUCGGGAGGCUUUGUUGGAGAGACAGCUGAUGCAGCAAGAGCGGGAGAGCGAUGAGGGACACGAAGAGGACGAUGAGUUGUGAGAGGGGUGGCGGGGAGGAGCCGGGGCGAC